CAAUCGCAAUGAUGCAAGCAUCACCCGGUAGUAGUUCUUCUUUACGUCAUUUUGUAGUCCGUUUGACCUCAGAUGCCGGGGGAUCCAUUUGGCGUUAUUAGCUGAAAAAAAAAGUUGUGUAACUGUUGAAAGUUGUGUAACAAGGAAAACCAAAAGGACGCCCCUUUCGGGAGGACGCAUUCAUUUGGGUUAUAUAGAGGGUCUGUCCUUACAAACCAGCCCUCCAACGUCCGUUUUUGUAGCAUCCAUUGGCAAAAAUGUUUUCGCUGUCUUCGUCAUUUCAGCCACAGCAGAUGAUAGUGCCUCUCAGCCAGCUCAUCAAUGCCCUCCACUCUCUGAAGAAUUCAGCCACAGCUUCAAUCCAGGCUCUUCACAAAGACUUCAAUCCAGAGCACAGUGCAUUUCUGAGAGAGCCCAGUGUGAGUCUGAAGGAUCUGGGUCUGUCCGAGCUCAGGGCGAGUCAGCUGGAUGAGCUCAUCAGCAGGUUACUGCCUACACCGGGGCCAGAAGAGCCUCCCGCUGUUCCUUCGAUAUGGAGAACGAGCCACGUUUCUGCAGACAGCUUCUUUCACAACAAGCACGGGUUCUCACACAGGAAUUUAGGGCUUUUCAGCUCACAAUUAUUCCACAGACAAUACCACAGCCCACUAAGACAAGCUUGCUCAGAACUACAGUUUUUGCCUGUACGGGUCCAAAGUCGCGGGUUCAAGACACUUCGAUCAAGGACCAGACGGGCGGAGUCUGGUUAUGACGGUCCCGUGGAAUCUGAAGCCUACACUCCAGGCUUCAUGAAGGGAUUGCUCUUGAAAGAAAAAGGAGUCGAGGCACAGUCUUUGGACCAAGUGAUACAACAAAAAAACCUUCCAGAAAACCAGCAGGAGGCUUUCAAGACGGGUUUCACUGAGGGGUUCAUGAGGUCUCAAGCUUUUACUCGGAGAACACAAGACUCACUGAGGAGAACCAGGUUGAUCCUCUUGGUACUCCUCCUCAUUGGUAUUUAUGGCCUCUCAAGAACCCCGUUUCUCUCCGUGAGGUUCCGCACCACAUCCGGUCUUGACUCUGCAGUCGACCCCAUCCAGAUGAAGAAUGUGACAUUUGAGCAUGUCAAAGGAGUGGAGGAGGCAAAGAGCGAACUGCAAGAUGUUGUUGAGUUUCUGAAAAACCCACAGAAAUUUACCGUUUUGGGUGGAAAGCUGCCAAAAGGGAUCCUGCUUGUUGGUCCCCCAGGCACAGGAAAGACUCUGUUGGCACGAGCCGUGGCCGGAGAGGCCGAUGUUCCUUUUUACUACGCCUCCGGGUCGGAGUUUGAUGAGAUGUUCGUGGGCGUUGGUGCGAGCCGAAUCAGGAACCUUUUCAAAGAGGCAAAAGCCAAUGCUCCCUGUGUCAUCUUCAUUGAUGAGCUGGACAGCGUUGGUGGAAAGAGAAUAGAGUCCCCUAUGCAUCCUUACUCCAGACAAACCAUCAACCAGCUGCUGGCUGAAAUGGAUGGAUUUAAACCAAAUGAAGGAGUCAUUGUUGUUGGUGCUACAAACUUUGCUGAAGCGUUGGAUAACGCUCUGGUUCGACCAGGAAGGUUUGACAUGCAGGUGACGGUCCCUCGCCCUGAUGUGAAAGGCCGCACAGAGAUUCUCAACUGGUACCUCUCCAAGAUCAAAGUAGACCCAGCCGUUGAUGCAGAGAUUAUUGCCCGAGGCACAGUGGGCUUCUCGGGGGCAGAGCUCGAGAACCUGGUCAACCAGGCAGCCCUGAAGGCAGCAGUGGACGGGAAAGAGAUGGUCACAAUGAAGGACCUGGAGUUCGCUAAGGACAAGAUCCUCAUGGGCCCUGAGAGGCGGAGUGUUGAAAUUGACAAGAAGAAUAAGACCAUUACCGCAUACCACGAGUCCGGCCAUGCCAUUGUUGCCUAUUACACCAAAGAUGCAAUGCCCAUCAAUAAGGCUACUAUCAUGCCUCGAGGACCAACUCUGGGCCAUGUGUCGAUGCUUCCAGAGAAUGACCGCUGGAGCGAGACACGAGCCCAGCUGCUGGCUCAGAUGGACGUCACGACUUUGAUGGUGCAACCAAAAUCGCAAAAUUGA